AUGCACGCUCGAGUUCUAGCCUUCAUUCUGUGUGUAAGCCACACUAUUUUAGUGGCUACGCCACCUCGUGCCAAGCAUCAACCACCCCGCCCUAUGAUCACUGUGUCUCAGUUGGAUUGGACUGAUAUUAACGUCACUAUCCCUUCGAAGGGUGUUUGCUUGAUUAACUCAUGCUCCGGCUCGGUGCAUGCCGGAGAAGUGCUAGCUUUGAUGGGACCGUCGGGCAGUGGCAAAACCACUCUUCUGAACGUUUUGGCCCAGCGAGGCGUUCCGCCACACGCCACGAAAACUGGAACAGUGAGCACAGAGUCUUUCAUCGUGAAUCCAUCUAAUGUGCGUCAGUUUUCAAGCUAUGUUGAGCAAGAAGACUCGCUGAUCGGAUCGCUCACGGUUGAAGAAACCGUGGAUUUUGCUUGCCAGUUCAACGAUGCGAGUCUAAACGCGAGGCGUGCAAAGGGUGAACAAAUUGAAGUUCCAGAAAAAAGCCGAUCUGAAAGAGUUUACGAUGUUUUGAGCUACUUGGGUCUUCACGAACAGCGUGGCGUUCGAGUUGGUACCCCCAUUCAGAAAGGUAUCUCCGGUGGACAGAAACGCCGCCUUUCCGUCGCUGCGCAGAUUGUAGGUUCUCCCUCUGUGCUUUUCUUGGAUGAACCCACCUCUGGACUUGAUUCAACUGCUGCGUAUCAUGUAGUAAAGGCUGUGAAGGAUGCUGCUAAGGCCAUGAAUAUGGCGGUGAUUAUGUCUAUCCAUCAGCCAUCCACUGCGACUUUCCAGCUCUUUGACAAAGUACUCUUUCUUUCAAAGGGAAAUACUAUUUACAAUGGGCCGUUGGAGAAGCUGUUGGAUCACUUCGAAACUGUUGGCCACCCCAUUCCACCGCGUUACAACCCUGCUGAGUACGUUCUAGAACUAACAAACACCGAUUUUUCUGCUGAGGCACGCAACUCUGAUUGCGAUGAGCAUACUUUGGUUGAAUACCUGGCUUCUGAGUGGGAGAAAAAGACCCAUAAUGUUGAAGUUUCUUAUGUGGAGUCUACCGUCUCUUUUAGCCGCUGCCGUACGCUAAUAAACUGUGCAGUACUGCAGUCCCGGCAGACUUUCAUUUUAGCAAGACGACUUUUCAUCAAGGCUCGUAGAGAUAUCCUCGCCUAUUACGUUCGCAUCGUCAUGUAUUUAGGCCUCGCCAUUCUCAUGGGAACAGUUUGGUUGCGUCUCGGAGAUGAGCAACGCGAUAUUCAGCCUUUUAUCAAUGCUAUCUUCUUUUCUGGUGCAUUCUUAUCAUUCAUGACUGUUGCGUACAUCCCUGCUUAUCUUGAAGACCUUCAGUCUUACAAAAAGGAGUUUAUGAACGGCCAGUAUGGACCCGGCGCAUUCGUUGUGGCAAAUUUCUUGGUAGGCUUGCCAUUCAUUUUUGUCAUUGUCUGUCUUUUCAGUGUGGUGACUUACUUUAUGUGUAAUUUCAGACAUUCUGCUUCAGGUUUCUGGUACUAUGUGAUGUGGCUCUUCCUUGACCUAUUGGCAGCGGAAAGUCUAACCAUCUUCGUGGCAACUUUGGCACCUAUUUUUGUUGUUGCUUUAGCAUUGACUGCAUUUGCAAACGGUCUAUGGAUGUCAGUCGGCGGCUUCCUUGUGAGCUCCAACAUUUUGAACGUGUUCUGGUAUUACACCUUGUAUUGGAUUAAUUACCAGCGGUAUACUUUCCAAGGCAUGAUGUUCAAUGAGUUCAGCGCUGAUCGCAUUUUCAAGUGUGGCUCGGGAUGCAACUGUAUGUAUGUCAGUGAUCUUGCUUCUAAGUGUCAGAUUCGUGGUACCGCCGUGCUAGAAGCUUUAGGUUACAACCACAGCCAGCGUGGGCUUUGGGCAGGUGUCCUAAUUGCUCUUAUUUUCGGUUACAGAUUCUUGACUUACUUGACUCUUCGUUUCAAGCAUUAA